GCCGCGGCGAUGCGGGGCACGAGCUGCGUGGGCGGCGGCGGCGAGAGCCCCGGCGGCGCCGGGCUGAGUGAGGGCCCGCGAGGCCGUUGGCUGCGCCUGGCCCCCGUCUGCGCCUACUUUCUCUGCGUCUCGCUGGCCGCGGUGCUGCUCGCCGUGUACUACGGGCUCAUCUGGGUCCCCACGCGGCCCCCCGCGGCCCCCGCCGGCCCGCCGCCCAGUGCGCCGUCCCCGCCGUGUGCUGCCCGCUCGGGCGCGCCGCCUGUCCCGGUGCCUGCCGCCGCCUCAGUGUCCUGCCUCCCGGGUGCCCCGGGCGGGCCGCGACCCCAGCACGAACUGCCGCGGAGCCGCCGCCGCCGCCACAGCGACCACCGCCGCCGCCGGACGCUGGGAGAGACGCCCGAGGCCAUGGGGGGACGAGGGCCCGGGUAGCCGCCCCUUCCACCCCGACUCGAUCGUCGUCAGCCCUCGAGAGCCCCGUGCAGCUCGCCGAGGAUGGAUGCCGUCCCCCGAGGGUCCCGGGCUCUCGGUGACAUCGUCUAGCGCCUUCGGAGCCGUCAUCCUGAAGAAUGGGGGGCAGCGGGUGCGGGCUCGGGCCUCGCCCCGUGCAGCUCUCCUGCCGCCAGGCCGGUCCUCCUCCACCCGGCAGGCCCCCUCCGACCUCCCCUCCUGGCCUCCCCCGUAGGAUUCUGAGCACAGAGCCCACAGCCCACCCCGCUUCUCCCCGGAUCCUCGUGCCCUGCUCCAAUAAACUCUA